UAUAUAUUUAGUAUCACAUUCAUAAUUUCAUUUUUAUUCCUAGCUAGGGCAAUUAGGGUUGCCAAUAAAGAAUCGUGGUCCAAAAAAGUAGCCAACCUUGCCACCGAGAACGCCGCUGUGCUCCACUUCUACGUCCAAGAUUUCCGGGCCGGUGGUGGCCCGAACGCCACUGUCUACAUGGUGGCAACAUCCUCCAUUUCCGAGACCUCCCCGACCGACUUUGGGGAGAUCCACGUGUGCGAUGACCUCCUAACCACGGGCCCCGGCCUCGACUCGGAGAUCAUCGGAAAAGUGCAAGGGCUCACAAUAUCCACCGACUUCCAAGUCUCCGGCGAGGCGAUGUAUCUCAACUUCUACUUCACAACGGGAGAGUAUGCCGGCAGCUCGCUCACGAUGCUCGGCCGCAAUGAGGUGAUGAACGAGGAGAGGGAGAUGCCGGUGGUUGGUGGCACGGGAGUUUUCCGGCUGGCCCAUGGCUAUGCGCUCUCAUCGACGUAUUCCUACGACGUCGAGAGGCUCUACGCUGUUAUGGAAUACACUCUUUAUGUGAGCUACGUCGGAAAAUUGGACUUGCACUUGGUGAGAUCAUCAUUCAAAUCAAUUUAGUUAAAUGUGUGGUUAUGAUCAAAAUAAAUGAGUCUUUUGUUUUUAUUAAUUGUGAAAUGGUUGAAUGUUAUCGCGCUUGCGUCGUUAUUGUGUAACAAUUAUUAUUUGAGGAACUUGUAUUAAUGUCACAAAAUGUGUACCACA